AUGUCUCCCACUCCUCCUUCUACAACCUCCUCGAGUGCUAGCGCAUUCUCGCCGGAAGGUCUCCACAAGGUUACUAGGAAGAGGAAUCGGGUUCCUCUUUCCUGUGCGCCUUGCCGGCAACGAAAGUUGAAAUGUAACCGUGCGCAACCUUGUGAGAACUGUAUCAAGCGAGGCGAUGCCACAUCAUGUUCAUAUGCUCAGGCAAACGUACGAAAGAAGCAUCCACCUCAGCUGUCUGCUUCAAGCUCGCCAGACGACAUGCAAAAUCGGAUUGACCGGCUCGAGAACCUUGUUCUGUCCUUAAUGACAAACGGUUCACAGUCCGGCGGCCCAGCUGCGGCCCUUGCUGCAAUAUCUGGCAAUAGCAGUAGCACUGGCUCCGUACCACUUACCGGGGAUGUUGACAUAGAGGACGAAGCGCCUAAUGCCCCGGAGGAGAGUGACACCGAGCAGGUCACCAAGUCAUUCGGCAUAAUGAAGGUCGACAAUAACAAGUCAUGGUAUUUCAGCGAAGCUCAUUGGGCUACUGUAAUGAAUGAUACGCACAAGAAACAGUACGAGGAACAAGCCCAGAAAUUGGAAGCAACCAAGUUGCCUACCGAUGUUUCAGGCUCUGCAUUACUGUUUGGAGCUACGAAGCCACUUACCCGAGCGGAAAUCAUGUCUUCUUUCCCUUCCAAGUAUACGACGGACAUGUUGAUUGAACGAUAUUUCAGCUGUUACGAUCCCUCGACACAUAUUCUUCAUGGCCCAACCUUCCAGGCCCAGUACAACCGUCACUGGGAGGAUCCUUCGCAGACGUGCACCGUUUGGAUCGCCAUGCUCUUUGCCAUGAUGCGGCUGGCUAUGUUAUCAUAUCAUCGUGAUGGAGACGAGCCACCGGAGUUCCGGGGCAAGUCGUUAGACAUGGCGGGCACUUUUAGGAACCUUGUUGCGCAAUGCCUUACCUUGGCUGACUUUACCAAAUCAUAUCCAAAUCUGAUUGAAAGCUUGAUAUUCCAUCUUCAUGGAGAUCUCUGCCAGACACGGGAAGCGGACGUAUCAGUUUGGGUGCUGGUGGGUGUGAUCACGAGGUUGGCCAUGAGGAUGGGAUACCAUCGCGAUUCGAAGAUGUUUCCUAACAUCACCCCUUUCCAAGGUGAAAUGCGCCGCCGAGUGUGGUCCUUCGUGCGGCAAGCAGAUCUACUCUGCUCUUCCCAAAUGGGUCUUCCAAACAUGAUUCGCACGUCUGACACAGACACGGAACUCCCCCGAAAUUUGUAUGAUGAUGAUUUCGACGAGAACUGCAAGGAGCUCCCUCCGUCCCGGCCCCCGAAUGAGCCUACACCAAUCUCAUAUCUCAUUGCUAAGUCACGCUUGACAUUUGUCUUUGGCCGUGUCACUGAAAUCACAGCCCCCCUCCAGCCCCCAGUAUCCUACGAUACUGUUAUGGAGGUGGAUGCGCAGCUUCGGCGAGCUAGAGACUUGAUACCUGAGCAUCUGCUUGUUCGUCCAAUUGAAGACAGUCCACGGGAGCCUCCCACUCUCAUUCUUUCACGGUUUACGGUUGCAAGUGUUUACCACAAAGCGCAAUGUGUUCUUCAUCGAAAAUAUCUGGUCCGAGCCCAUGAGAACCCUCGCUUCACAUAUUCAAGAAGGACAUGUAUCGAUUCUGCGAUGGAGCUGCUGCGGUAUCAGUCGUUGCUCCACACUGAAACUCAACCUAUGGGACGACUACGAAGUAGACACAAUCGGGUUACCUCGCUCGCCUCGACCGACUAUCUCCUGGCAGCGACGAUUAUUUGCAUUGAUAUGUAUCAUGGACAACGACUUCAGGCUGCAGGCAGAGCAUCCAGUGACUCGUAUGCUUGGGGCAGAGAGCGACGAGAAGAGGUAUUGGCUGCCCUGCAGCGGUCCAAGGGAAUAUGGGAGGAACUUCAGAACGAGACGAUAGAUGCCUGGAAAGCAGGCGCUGCGCUUGGAGUGAUGCUUUCCAAAUUGAACCUGGGAUAUCCUGAAAGUACUGCUCCUGCGCCGACAUUUGAGCCGCAGGAUGAGAAACAAAGUGCGGCGAUGACCCUGGGCCUCCUCAGCAGCGGAAUGAGCCCUGUCAACCCGGGCCAUCAAGUCCUUAAUGAUCCCCCGUACAAGAUGACGGAGGCGCCCUUGCCAGCACAGGGCGCACUGGGGACAACGGUAGAUAUGCCAGGAGCGCCUUCGCCUUUCAACGCAAUGUUUGGGCAACUACCGGAUAUGCAGCUUAAUCUGGAUUGGGACGCCUGGGACACCUAUAUUCAGAAUUCGACGCUAGACGCGUCAUCACAAUGGUGGCCCUCAGCCGAUGUGCAACAACAGCAGCAACAGCAGCAGCAGCAGCAAAGCCAAAGUCCUCUGUCACCCGUGCAGCUGUCCGCCGUGCAGAAUGGCGGGGCUGAUAGACUUCGCUCGAUGCCCCGCGGCCCCCCUAACCUUCUCUCUCCGGACAGCAGUGGUUAUGACAAUAGCAGUCCACUUGCGGCAACAGCCUUUGCCGCCAACCCACUCCAACAUCCGAGUAAUACAGGGCCGGGAACAUGA